GCACCCAAUCAACUGAGUAGCAUUUACACUCCGCAAUCGGAAUCAACGAAAGACUCCAAUUCAUUGCCACUAUCAAGUUUAAAUUUUUGAAACGCUUCACGAUGCCUUCGGUAAAGAAAGACGCUGAAUUGAUAUCAAUCGCGCCUCCCAAAUCCGCUAAAUCUCCACUCGAAGAUUACGUCGAAGUUAGCUAUGAGAUCUCUGCUAUUUAUGCAUCAACACAGCAGAUGUCAAUCCCCGAGAAGAACUCUAUAGUUGAAAUUCUCCCUGCUGAGCUCAUUUCAAACAUCAUGGAGCACCUUGGCCCCACAUUUGGAGCGGUAUUUGGCCUUACUUGUCACCAAGUUCAUGAUGAAUACAAGCGUCAGUACCCACACUCAGAUGCCCUGCUUCUGGAGACCCUUCUUUGGGAUAAGACGUCAAAGGAAGAUGUUCAGCACCCACUUUUUCGGCCAAAUGCUCGGCUUUAUGAACUACUUGAUGAAUGGAUUGGAAAUGGCGAUACUACAAAGUAUAUCUACUUUCGAGAUAUUUCUCUCGGAUCAUCUGACCUCUUGAUGUACUGUGCCAUACCAGGAUUUUAUGUUGGCAAGUUUCUGCUCCGUGACAUUUAUGGCGAGGAAGCCGAUCCUUCAGGACAUGCUUUAAAGCAAUUGCUUGUCGCAUGGUGCGCCUACGUUCACAUCCAGAGAGGAUGGCUGCAGUUCUGUGGAGAUGAUAAGCCUCCUUACUAUCCUUCUCCACUUACCAUGGGCGGAAAUGCAUGGAUUGACGAAAUGAACAGUAUCAUGAAUGUUUACAAGAACAAAAAACCAGAGGAUAUAUUCAUAUAUAUCAUCGAUACGGGUAUAAAAGUAGCUAAUGAGGGGUAUGGACAAGGGUGGUCGGUCACCGAAGCGAGAAGAGAGCAGUGGCGGGAACAUUAAAAAGAAUUUCAAUAGCAGUGGGCUUUAACCAUCAAAAACAAUGACAUAUUGAUCAAGUCAUAUCAUUAAAUGGAUUAUAUCAUGGUGCGAAUCACGGAGCUGGGAGGUCA